AUGCCGACUGUUAAAGAGACUCUGCAAGCUCGGCUUCUCAUUGCCCAGUCCGGCAACAAGAAGUCCUCUGCAACUCAGUCCCCAAGAGCAAAGAAAGAUGCUGCCGGUGGGACACCAAAUAGUUGGAAGGCCACCCAUCCUGCGGGAAAUGAUGUGAAAAAGGAGGAUAAGCCUCCCCGUAGCAGGAAGCCCAAGAAGGCCGCCGAUGCUACCAGUGUGCAGCUCCUGGAGCCUGAGAAGAAGAAACGUGCGGUUGUGAUGCCGUGGCAAAAGCCCCAUUUCCACCAUGUCACGGAUGAUGCCAAUGACGAGGAUGAGGACGAAGAAUUGGAACUAGACUCAGAAGCUGAUGAAUCUGACUCAUCUUCAUGA